AUGCGCUUCAUCCAGCUCCUUCCCAUCCUACCAGCGCUUGCUGCGGCGCAAGAGCAGGUUCCCAUCGCGGAUCGUGUCCAGGGUUGGUUCAACAAAGCCAAGUCUUAUUUGCCCACGGCUACUCCGGUGAUCCCCGCUGCUGUCGAGAAGGUGGUCGAACAGAAGAUUCAAGAAAAGACUGUCACCCCUUUCAACCUGUCCAACUGGCAAUCCCUUCUGGCGCCAUCCGAUGAGCCUAAGGACUGGUUUGUCUUCAUCACCGGUGGAAACAAGACAUGCUUUGGACGUUGUCACCAAGCGGAGAAAUCGUUUAAUGAAUCCGUUCUCCUGUUUUCUGCUGACCCGACCUCGCCCAACCUGGGUUACCUCGACUGUGAAUCGAACAGGGUCCUAUGCUCUGCUUGGGCCGCUGGUUCUCCGUCUGUUUCGUACUUCAAGGUCCCUGCUCAGGUCGGCGAGGAGCGCCCUGCCACCGCUCAAUACAAUGUGUACUUCAACGCGACAACUGUAACGCCCGAGUCCCUUUACAAGAUUCACUCUGAGAAGACCUAUGAGAAGAGGGGCGCGUACGAGGGCUCCUUCCACGCUACGGAUAGCUGGCUUGCGCAGAGGGGACUUUUGAUCCCUGCAGGCUAUGUCAUCUAUGCCUUCAGCGCAAUCCCGAGCUGGCUUUUCAUGAUCUUCAUCAGCUUCUUCAGCCGGACCAUGAUGGGCCGCCGAAUGGGAAACACGGGAGCCCCCGCUGCUCGCUAA